GAACAUUCAUUCAGCAUUCUUAAUGCAGCUGGACAGAGAGAGAGAGAGAGGGAGAGAGAUGGAGCAACACAAAUUUCACAGCGGGCAAUGGAAUGAGAGAGAGAGGCAGAGAGAGAGGCAGAGAGACUGGGUCUUGAGUAACAGUGAGUGAAUAGAGAGGAUUAGAGUCAGGAGACGGUCAGUGAAAAGAGCUGUGCAGUGGCCACAGGCAGACGCUGCAGACGCUACAGAGGCUAGCAGAUAUGAGGCUGUAAGAGAGAAGAGGAACGGAUGUCUGAUACAGAAUAGCAGGAUCUGUUUUACCAUCAUGCACUGGAACACAGGGCUGCACUGAAAACACACACACUUACACACAGACACAUACAAACACACACUCUCUCUCUCUCUCUCUCUCUCUCUCUCACACACACUCACACCUGCACUCAUACACACACACACUCACACACAGACACAUACAAACACACACUCUCUCUCACACACACACACACACUCACACACAGACACAUACAAACACACACACUCUCUCUCUCUCUCUCUCACACACACACACUCACACCUGCACUCAUACACACACACACUCACACACAGACACAUACAAACACACACUCUCUCUCACACACACACACUCACACACAGACACAUACAAACACACACACACACACACAUUCACACACAAACAAAGACACGCACACACAACUCUCUCUCUCACACACACAUAUACACUCACACACACACACACACACACCUGCACUCAUAAACACACACACACACACUCACACAUGCACUCAUAAACACACACACACACACACACACACUCACAUAUGCACUCAUAAACACACACACACACACACUCUCUCUCUCACACACACACACACCUGCACUCAUACACACACACACACACACACACAGUGGACUGAUGCAGCUCAAAGAUCCAGCUCCUGAGAGAGGGAUGGACCCGGUGCAGAAAGCCGUUAUUAACCACACGUUCGGCAUUCCGCUGGUCAAGCAGAAACGCCCGGUCAUCUCCUGCAACGUCUGCCAAAUCCGCUUCAACUCCCAGAGCCAGGCAGAGGCCCACUACAAGGGCAACCGCCACGCCCGGAGGGUAAAGGGCAUCGAGACCUCCAAGACCCGCCCCCAAGAUGGCGACAAGCCCCCCCCUGCGCCCACGGCCUCUCCCUCUCCCGCGGGACCCCUGCCGGUGACCCCUGACCCUGACCCGGGCAAGCCAGAAGAUGCCCCGCCCAUCCCGCUGAUGAACGGGAUCCCAUUGGCCACAGCCGCCUUCCCUGUCCCCGCCUCCUCUGCGCCCGACGUCCCCCUGCUCCCUGCCUCGCCCCUCGCUCCUCCCUCCACCUCCCUGCUGCCCGCCUCCUCUUCCUCAUCCCCCGCCCCCGGCCGCAGCACCCCCCACCCCGAUCAGCCGGCCCCGGGGGCCCUGGCCGCGCCCUCCCCGGCCCUCAGCCCGGCCGAGUCCGAGGAGGACAAGGCCAAGAAGCUGCUGUACUGCUCGCUGUGCAAAGUGGCCGUCAACUCCCUGUCCCAGCUGGAGGCCCACAACAAAGGUACCAAACACAAAACUAUUCUGGAGGCGAGGAGCGGACUGGGCCCCAUCAAGGCCUACCCCCGUCUGGGCCCCAAGCCCAGCCCGGAGCAGGGGGGGGCCCCGGGGGACCCCAACACUCAGGAACGCACCUUCCACUGUGAGAUCUGCAACGUGCGAGUCAACUCCGAGCUGCAGCUCAAACAGCACAUAUCCAGCCGAAGGCACAGAGACGGCGUCGCGGGGAAGCCCAACCCACUGCUGAGCCGGCACAAGAAGCGCAUGGACCUGGCGUCCACGCUAUCCUUCUCCAAGGACCUGCCGAAAGCACUUGGGGCGGGGCUACUCCCCAGCCCCCUGGCUGUUGCCGCAGCGAUGGCUGCCGCGGCGUCCUCCAGCCCGCUGGCUCUCCGCUCGGCUGGCCCCGCCCAUCCGCACGCCCACCUGCUCCAGGGCCCGCCCCUCAGCCAUGCCCUCCUGAGGCCAGCCCCUGGGCCCAUCCGCACCACCCACGGGCCCAUCCUCUUCUCCCCCUACUGACGAAUUGCCCCCCCCCAACCCCCACCCCACUGCCCAAACCCCGUCCUCCCAGCCAAUCAGGAGCAGCGCUUCCCGAAAGCACACUGUGAAGACGCGGCAUGAUUGAUUGAUUGAUUAGCCAAUAAAAUUGAACGCACAGUGGAGAAAUGCAUUAAGGAAGAAGAACAGAAUGAAAAAGGAGAACCACGCCCCCCACCCCUCCCCCCACCUACCCUGAGCUGCCGAACUCUCCAGAACUUUCUGACUGACAGCACGAGCGUAGGGAGGCAGGGGUAGGUGCAAUAUAAGAUUCAGCGGGGCGCCCUGUACGUCUCUGUCAUCCUCCCUGAGAUCUUCACCGUAACAACGUAGCAGAAAAAAUGUAGACAUAUAUCUGAAUGAGACGUGUUCCCCUGUAGAGCCUGUGGCCACAUGCAUAGACUGCUGACCGCUCGGCAUUCUCUCACAGUGCAGUGCGUUUAGGCUGACGCCCUGUGGGCCCAUCUCAGCUUGAGCUCGCCCUUCCCCCCGUCCCACGCCGGUGGGAGACUGUCGUCGAUGUUAGCAAGGUAGCCGCUUCAAAGUCACAUGACAUCCCUGUGCCCUCCACCUAGCUUCGGUCUGUUUCUAAACGGUAGAACCGGUUAGCUUUACUGUGAACCUCCUGAUCCUGGUUGUGGACACGCAACUGACCAAUCAGUGUGAGACAAAAAAAAAAAAAAAAAACAUUCUAAGUACCAGAUGAACAUUACUGUUGGUGAUUAGUCCGUAGCUAUAUAACCAUGAAGCCACACAUUUCCAUAAGCUGAAGGAGGUGUGUGCAUGUGUGUGCUAAGGGGAGGGGUGGGGGUGAGGGGUGGGGUAAAUAACUGAAACCCUCCCUAAAUAAUAAGGGGGAGGGACAGAGGGCGGCGCUUUCAGGACGCGGAACAUAGAGACUCUCACUGUGUAUGGACAGAGGACUCCACAGAGAGACCAAGAGAUUAUUGUGAGAUCGGCAUAAACUAUUUGAAAAAAACAGGAAGCCUGGAAUAAAUCUCCU